AUGCUCUUCGCGCUUUUGGUGGUCCUCGUCGCGGUUCUCGGAGAUUGCCAGGCGAGGGAGGUCAACCGCACCAUUGACGACUACUAUGGCGACUCGGUCACUGGCGUCGUCCCGAUAUACAAACCAACAGCUGAAUGGGCGGACGGCAAUACAUGUGACGCCUGUUAUGUGAACAGCAGUAAUGUCGACAUAAGCAAGGUGUUCAAGGGCACCUGGCACGACUCAACGUGGUAUCCUGUGAACACUGGCGAACGGUCGAUCACGCUUACAUUCAACGGGACGGCGGUGUGGGUGUAUAUGAUCCUCGCAAACCAAAUUCAGAGCACAUCCACGACAACAAAUCUCGCGUUUUCCUUAGACGAAAUCCCGCGGGGGAAGUUCAUGCAUCCACCGGACAAGACGAACGACGUUCUGUAUCAGCAGUUGGUAUUCGAGAAGACCGGUUUGGCGCUUCAAACCCAUUCUCUCGAGAUCACAGGGACCGGGAACGAAGCAUCACUCAUGCUCUUCGACAAUGUCGUUUACACCGCGUUCGAAGCUGAUUAUCCGACGGAUAAUCCAUACCCCACCCUUGGCUCAAACCUUCCACUAUCCUCGUCUGCGACAGCUCAGGGAUCCCUCUCGGACGCCUCAGGCCCACCAACACAUACGACCACAGUUACAGCUCAUUCCAUCAACUCUGUCGUCACAACGUCGCAUCCCGACAUUCUACCCACUGCAUCAGUUAUGACGGUUUCCACGACAUCGCUUCCACAGAACGCUACCGUCAGCGGGACGCAAUUGCCCUCGUCUAACCGCAGCGCAACGAUCGCAGGCAGUGUCUGUGGAGGUAUCGCUCUGCUUAUCUCCGGGAUUGUCCUCACCCUUCUCUACACCCGCCGCAUUCGCGCCCGUACCAUCGCGGUCACAUUUCCACCUGGAACUGGCUAUGGCAGCGAGAGCAUCCCGGAUCGCGUAUUCGAGGAAACGUACAACGGGAGUUUGUCUCCAACAUCAUCGAAGGUGUACGGUUUCAACAAGAAGCUUGUGUAG